UGUCUCUACAAUACCAUGUAUUCAGCUGAAUACUCACCUGAAGUCAAAACUGACGAGGAACAAGAACCAAAAUCACCGUCGGACUGUCAAGGAUGUAUCAGCAAUGAGGAGGAAUCGCAGGAGGAUCCUUCGUUCGACUUAGUCAGUCAAGGGGAGUAUUUUGCCAUGGACGGACAAGGAGACGAAGGAACUCUGCAGGAGUCUCAAACUCAAACCCAUCAUCAGCAUCAUUCGUACAACAAUCAUCAUCAUCCGCAAUAUGUCCAGGGUCAAGGGGACUAUCAGUAUCUUCCGGGACAGCAUUGGUUAGCAGGACCGAGUGUUAUUACUCAUGGUUCCCCUGAACAAAACACCUAUAGCAAUAAUGUUUUGAGUGUGGGGGCCUUUGGAAAUCAAUUACCCCAAUUUAGCGGUUAUAAUCAAAAUGGCGGAGGGACUGUUUUAGGCGGUGGGUGUAGCACAAUUCAUCACACUGGUCCGCAACAGCAACAACAGAUUUCGACGAUGACAACUGGAGGAGGAGGAGGAGGAAUUGGUUCAAUUUGUCCUCUACCAGCGCUCCCAAUGGCAUAUUCAAUGCCCACCCACGGUUCCUCCUCCUCUAAUAAUACUAGAAACAGCAUCAACAGCAUUAUGCAGGGCAUCGUUGGGCAACAGUCGUCCAUGACUUAUCUUAAUUCAUGUACCAAUUACUCCCAUACCCAUCAUCACGGAAAUGGACCCUCAUCGUCCAGUGCAUUUUCAAGCCACGUGUGUCAUCAUCAUGGAGGCCAAUUUGGGGGAACAACGUCCACAUCGUCGUCGGUGACAUCUCAUAGCACUUCAACAGCAGGAGGAACGGUAUCUAAUGCGCCGGCUUCUCGAAUGCCGUGGAGUACCAGUUCAGAAAUUCUGGCAUAUCCUGGAGGAUUAGAGGUUGUUUGGAGAGAAGUGCCAGAAACAUGUCAGAGAUUAAUUACCAUGCAAGAUGUACCAGAUACAGCACGAAUGAGGGGUUACUUUACAGUGUGUGAACUUUUAAGCUUGAAACGAAAUUUGAUGGGACGGUUAGAGAUCGUAGAAGCAGAGCGUUCUCAAAUAACUCCCCGCGAGGAAAGCGUUGGCGUGGCUGUUAAAGAGGCUAUGAACACCCUUGAUGACACCCCACAGUCUCAAGAUUCUCCACUUGCGGAAGACGUACGGAAGACACGAGUGAAAAAAUCCAAGGAUCCUGAGCCAAGUAAAGAAGAUGAGGUCCCAAAAGAGACUUUGCCUUCUUCUUCACCAUCGCCUUCAUCACAGCCUUUGGAGAUCGCGACAGUUAUUACGACUGCUACAACGGUUCAGACCAAUUGUUCCACAGCGUCUAAAUCUGGUAUGGUAACUAGUACUGCAACAAACUCGCCAGUCCCUCAUGUACAUAAGCAGAUAUCACAGUGUACGAUACCACCACCAGCUUACAGGACCGCCACCUUGGUUUUCAAGUUGCUGCAAAUUGGGAAUAAUCAGAUUCGUUCAUUUUCAGAAAUGAACCCCAAUCGAUUACGUGUUUUGUUUAACACUCAAAGGAUUACAUAUGAAUGUCACCUAACUCUGGUAAAAGCAAGGGAUUCAAUUCACGGAAGUGUGAGAAAACUGUUAACGGUAGACAUUGGAUUUGACCAAAUAACUAUGCUUAGAUUUGGGUGUAACAAGUUAUUUCUAAAGGUGGAUGGCUCUCCUCUUCUCAGCGUUUCGUACUACCCUGCGGAAAUGGACACUACUUGUCCCCCAAUGACUGAACAGGAUCAUCUUCUUCUUGACCAAAUUGACAAAGGCCAAUUAAAGCUGAGUCCAUGUCAUCAGAUAUAUUUCAUCAAUGAACGUCUUGUGCAUUUAUUGGAGGCUCAAUUCAAACAACAUCCACGAUUUCGGAAUAUCAUCCAGCAGUUGCCGGAACCUGUGCCAUGCUGACUUUUGAUCGGACCAAUCAUUAAAAUUAUUUUUGCAACAAGUGCACAAUACUUUAUUACUAGAUACAUAGAUAUUUAUUACUUUGUUAGGUAUAGUAAUUUGUGACAAAACAAAUAGUAUGUUAACUGUUAUACAACUUUAUAGCUUUACUUUAUAGCUUUUACUGACAUACAUGUACUUUAAAAAUUCAAUACUUUUACUAUGCCUAUUAUUUUUCUACUUGGAAUAAAUCUUUGAGUAUUAGUCA